AUGAACUCUUCUUGUUCAAACUUUGAUAUCAACUUUGACACCGAAGCCUUGUAUACCACAAACAUCGUUACAGCGGUUGUUAAUUCUGUGUUUUCCCUUACGGCUGUAAUUGGAAAUCUUCUCAUCAUUAUGGCAUAUCAAAGAACACCUUCUCUUCACUGUCCAGCCAAUACGCUCCUCUGUUGUUUAGCCUUAGCUGAUUUUACCGUAGGACUUUUUGCGCAGCCAAGUUUCAUCGCUCAUAAAAUAGGUGAGAUUCAACGUAAUUUCGACAUAUAUUGUGCCACUAGGAUUAUUACAGAGACUUCAGGAUAUAUCGCUAGUGGUGUAUCAAUUCUGACACUAACAGCAAUAAGCAUCGAACGCUACUUCGCGGUGUAUUUUCACCUCCGAUACAACGAAAUUGUGACCAAUUUCCGAACCUUAGUGACAGUGGGCUUCCUGUGGUCCACAAUGACUCUCGUAGCGGGUGCAAGAUUUUUAAUGAAAGACGGGAAGAAGUUCAACACGAUAACAAUUCCUAUUUUGUUUUCAAGUUUAAUCAUUACAAUCUGGUCGUACUCCAGGAUCUACACGCAAGUCAAACGACAUCAUCGAUGUAUCCAAGAUCAGGAAAAAUCCGUGAGAAUCAUGGGAAUCGCGAGAUGCAGAAAGUCUAUAGUUACCAUGAUUUACAUCCUUGGGUUAUUCAUUCUUUCGAAUGCGCCUAUGAUCGCUGUUGUUAUUACUCACAAAGUUACUGGUUAUACAAGACCUGUAAAAGAGGCUUAUAUCUAUGUCUCUACCAUUGUUUUUGUGUGUAGCUCCAUAAAUCCGAUGAUUUAUUGUUGGAGAAUUCCUGAGAUUCGACGAGCAGUUCUUAAGAUCAUAAAAAUCGUAUUUUGC